GCGAACCUUGAGUGAGCUGCAAGCUGAACAAGGCCAUAUAUCCUCGUCCUGCUUUUUGCUUUCCUUCCGUCACCGCAAUGACAGGUAUAGACGACAUUUUCAAGCACCCAGUCGCCGCGACGAAGCGCAAAUUCGAGGACCCUUCCGAAGCCGACCCGACGCAAGCCUACAAAUCCGCGAAACUCAACUCCAACGGCGCUGUGAAGCGAUCAGCACACGAUUCGGUAGCAGACGAAGAUGACGAAGACGAAGCCGGUCCCUCUUUACCUCCGGACUUCGAGGAGGAGCCCGGCGACGACGAGGAGGGGAGAUUCUUCGGAGGCGGCAUAGACGAGGACGCGAAGGACGCAAUGGACUUCCUGGACGCACAAGAUAAGGAAGAGGCAAUUACGGAAGAGAAGUACGACUCUGCGUGGCUGCGGAAGCUGGCUCUCAACUUCGAGAAGAAGGUGAAUAAGAAUGCUUCAUUGCGCGCAAAGUACGAGGACGAUCCGUCUAAGUUCAUGGAAUCAGAAGGCGACCUAGAUGAGGGUAUCAAGGCCCUGAGCAUACUAUCCGAGCACUCGGAGCUAUAUGAGGAAUUUGCGAAGAAUCCGGCAGCCACGAAACUGGUCGAGCUGCUUGCGCACGAGAACACGGACGUCGCAAUCGGCGCCAUCGAGAUCAUAUCGGAGCUCACAGACGAGGAUGUGGAGGCGGAGCAGGAGCAGUGGGAUACUCUUGUGACGGCACUCUUGGAAGCAGACCUGCUCAGUCUGCUCAUAUCCAAUUUCUCACGCUUCGACGAGAGCAACGCCGAAGACUCCUCCGGAGUGUACCACUCGCUCAGCGUUAUAGAAAACCUACUCUCACAGCCAGCAAAUAUGGACCUGGUGGGCAAGGAGACUAAAUUCCUCACGUGGCUGCUCAACCGCAUCCAAAAGCAGGAGAAGCCUACCUCGCAGAACAAGCAGUACGCCUCCGAAAUCCUGUCCAUCCUCACACAGUCGUCCCGUCCGAACCGUAAUCGCCUCACCGAAGCGAACGGUGUCGAAAUAUUCCUCACGCAGCUCGCCCCAUACCGAAGAAGCGACCCAGAAAAGGAAAGUGAGGAGGAAGAAUACAUGGAGAAUUUGUUCAACUGCUUAACGUCAUUGGUGGAUGAACCAGAGGGCAAAGUGAAGUUUUUGGAGGCAGAAGGCGUUGAGCUGUGUCUGCUUAUGGUGAGGGACGGCAAGACGAGCAAGAGCCGAGCAUUGAAAGUGUUGGAUCACGCCUGCGGAUAUGCCGAAUCAACGCCUCCAGAGGAGAACCGGACGAAUGGCGUAAGUAAAAGAAGGGAGGAUGAGGAUGCAGAGGAUAGCAAGCCAAAUCUCGCUGCUCCAGUAUGCGAAAAGGUCGUCGAAGCAAGAGGUCUUAAGCCUAUAUUCAGCACUUUUAUGAAGACAAAAAAGCACGACCCAGAGACCACGGAACACAUCCUUGGCAUCUUUGCAUCUCUCCUACGCUCUCUACCCGGAAACUCAGACUCGCGGUUCAGAGUGCUCGCUAAGUUCUUGGAGAAGGACUACGAGAAGCUCAUUAAGCUCGUCACCCUACGAAGAGACUAUGCGGCUCGCGUGGCGGCUUUCGACGCCAGAUUGAAAGAAAAGAAAAUAGGGCUCUCGAAACAGGAACAAGAGGCGCUCGAUAUGGAGAAUAUCCCUUCGCGGCUUGAUGAGGGACUGUACUGCCUAGAGCGUAUUGACGUGAUCUUGGCGUGGGUGGCAGCUGAGGACGAUGGAGCGAAGAGAGCUAUCGUCAAGGCAUUAGGGGAGAGAGAUGAGACCCUGGUAGACGUUCGGAGGACGCUGCAGGCGCAGCUUGAUGGAGUUUUAGAAGUGGAGCCUGCGGAGAGGGAGAUGUUAGAGGCUUUGAUCGAGUUCUUGAGUUGAAGAACCCUAAUCUUGGCGAUUUUGCUGCUGCAACGUCUGGUAUAGCGAGCGAGCUUGUGAGUACUGUAUCAUAUCCCCACGAGGAGCAUAGCAUAAUUGCAGUC